UCUCCUGCUUACAUUACGCGCUUUGAGAAGUUUACCUCUAUAACGUCCCUCUCUCUCUCUCUCUCUCUCUCUCUCUCUCUGAAUUUGACAAUUCAUCUUGGAUACUUUAAGACUAAGAGCCAAACUGUGUCAUGGUCAUGGAUAAAUAUCCAGGUUUUGGCACUUAUCUACUUGUAAAGCUUUUUGCCUUUCUUAUUUAUUGUCAUUCCUAUCUUUUAUCGCCCGCUUCUGCUGCUGUAUUUAAUCUUUUAUUAGUAGCCCUAUCUUCUUCUACUUCUUCUUCUUCUUCUUCGUAGUUGAUGAUCAUCAGCUGUUAGUUGCUUUUCUUCCAAACUUCGAGUAUGUCGCAUAAGCGGCAACCUGAAGAUGGAAAGAUUGGAUCGGCAGGCAGCAGCCCCGAGGAGAAGCGUCCAAAGGUUCCCGCCCUGAGAAAUGUGAUAUUGGAAGUAAUGAAGACGCAAGCCAUUCAGAGAUUCAUUUCUACUUUGGAGCCCUUAAUCCGUAGAGUUGUAAAAGAAGAAGUUGACGUGGCAUUUAAGAGGCAUCUAGCCACCACUAAACAAAAUUGCGACAAACAGGUAAACCCCUCUAUGACAAGAAGCUUACAGCUACAAUUUAUAACCAAGCUUUCUCUUCCAGUUUUUACUGGCACAAGAAUUGAAGGAGAUGAAUGUUCUCCGGUAAAGGUAGUUCUAGUUGAUGGCUUGACAGGGCAGGUUGUUGACUCAGGUCCUGAAUCUUUGUCCAAGGUGGAAAUAGUAGUUCUAGAGGGAGAUUUUGAAGGUGAUGAAGAAGACAACUGGACGGUUGAAGAAUUUAACAAUAACAUUGUUCAGGAAAGGGAAGGCAAGAAACCACUUCUUAUGGGAGAGGCUUUUCUAAAUCUUUAUCAGGGUACCGGCAUUGUAAGUGAUCUAGUUUUUACAGAUAAUUCAAGCUGGACGAGGAGCCGUAAGUUCAGGUUAGGGGCUAGAGUUGUUGAUAAUAACUAUGAUAGAGUUAGAGUGAGAGAAGCCAAGACAGAACCUUUCAUGGUUAAGGAUCAUCGUGGAGAAUUGUACAAAAAACAUUAUCCUCCCUCUCUUGUUGAUGAAGUAUGGCGUCUAGAAAAGAUUGGAAAAGAUGGUGCUUUUCAUAAGCGGUUAAGGAGGGAAAACAUCAACACUGUGAAGGAGUUUCUUACCUUGCUCUGUAUUGAUGCUUCGAAGCUCCGGAAUAUUUUGGGUACUGGUAUGUCUGCUAAGAUUUGGGAGGUCACUGUGGAACAUGCUUGGACAUGUACGCUUGAUAAACAAAUGUAUGCAUAUUACCAUCCUGAUACUCAGCAGAGAGUGGGUGUGGUCUUCAACACUGUAGGACAAGUCUUGGGGCUCCUUUCUGAACAGCAAUAUAUUCCCAAUGAUGAGCUAUCAGAAACUGAAAAGGUUGAUGCACAAAAUCUGGCAAAAAUUGCAUAUGAACACUGGGAGGAAGUAGCUCCUUUGGAAGCUGGGUCCAUUACUGACUCUUCAUGCUUAUCUGCCGUUUGCUUUCCCUCAAGCUCACCUAGUUUGGAGAGUUCCUAUGGUGGAAAGUUCCUGGGUUCUCACCAAUCAGGUGGGUUUGGUUUUGAUCAACCAAGUUCUUCUCCAGAUAUAAUUUCAUCCAUUCUAUCCAUUGGGGGUACAAGGGGCCUGGAUAGUUACACCUUGCAAGGUGAAGACAACAUGGAUUUUCGAUAUGCCAAUCCUUCCACUAUGGCAAGCCAAGAUACUAGCUCCCUUAUUGGUGGCACAGAAUCCUUAGCAACCUUCCAUGGUGAAGACCAUCUGCAAUACUUUGAUCCAGAGCAUGGCCUUCAACCUCAGGGCUUUAUUUUAGAAUCACAGGCUUGCCUACAUGGUGCUGUCAGUGGCAUCCUUGAGGCUGGUAGAACAGGCAAAGCUUACACACAAUGGACAAUUUUGUUCAGCCUCCUGAGAUGGAAAUUCUCAAUUCGGAGGAUUGUGGCUUCCAAGAAGAGUCAGGUGAGAGAAACUGAGAGAUACGGUUAGCAAAUGAUAUGAAGAAAACAUGCAUUCUAAUAGUGGAUGCUGUCCCAUUAAGUCUGUACAGCUGUAGAGUUUUGGUGCUUUUUAGUAGUAUAGAAAGUAGAUGGGGUUGGUAGAGUAUACCAUAUUACCAUUGUAUUGUUCAUUCGAGAACACAGCAAGUUUCUUCAAUCAUAUUAAAAUACACAGAUGCAAUUGCUUCUUUGGCUGAAGUUAACAUCUUCAGUUGAAGCUUUGUAAUGUGAGUGAUAGUAACUGAAUUUUACUCAAGGAGUUGAUGAGGGCACCCGUUGAAUUACUCCUAUAUCAGGAUGAGGGCAAACUCAUGAUAAGAAUAUGAACCAUUCAUUUUUUUUA